UACGUCUCCACCUGCCUCUCCUCUCGUCUGCCUCCGAAGCCCACAGGUGACGAGAACCCGUUCUCAUCCAGUCAUGACGGGGAAUUCCAGCAGCGGCUUCAAGCUCGACAACGCCACCCGGGCCCUGUUCCUCAACACCAACACCAGCGUCGCCAUCUCCGUCAUCUACGCGAUCGUCACCGCCAUCAACCUGACGGGAAAUGGCCUCUCCAUGUGGCUCCUCGUCUUCCGCACCUCCCCCAAGACGCCGUCCAUCAUCUUCAUGAUUAAUCUCACCCUCACCGACUUGGCGCUCGGCGCCGUGCUGCCCUUUCAGAUCGCCUACCAGCUCCAAGGGUACCACUGGAACCUGGGGCCCCAGAUGUGCAGAGUCAUGACCGUUGUCUUCUACACCAACAUGUACUGCUCCGUUCUGACCAUGAUGGCCAUCGGAAUCGACCGCUACCUGGGCAUCGUCAGGCCCAUGCAGUUCAGGCAGACCCGGGUCAAGAAGCCCAUCGCCGUCUUCAGCUGCCUCCUCAUGUGGGGCGUGGUCCUGAGCGUCCUGUGGCCGCUGAUGACCACGGACCUGACCUUUGACAUUCCCGAACUGGGGAUCACCACGUGCUUCGACGUGCUGAAGAAAGACAUGCUCCCGACCAAGUCGGCCUGGGCGGCCUUCCUCUUCAGCAUGGUGUUCGUGCUCUUCCUCUUCCCCUUCUGCGUCACGACCUUCUGCUACGUCAGCGUCAUACGCAAACUGUCCAGAGAUUCCAAGACGGCCCAGAAAAGAAGAGCCAUCCUUCUGGCCUUCAUCGUUCUCCUGGUGUUCACCUUCUGCUUCGCGCCUAACAACAUCCUCCUGCUGGCUCACGCGGUGCUGAGGCUCUUCUACAACAAGUCUCUCUACAUGGCCUACAAGCUGUCUCUCUGUUUCAGCUGCGUGAAUAGCUGCCUCGAUCCGUUCAUUUACUACUUUGCCUCCAAGGAUUUUAGACAGAAGCUGAGAGAGGUGAUCAAUCUGCACAGCCUGAGCAGCACGGACUCAAUGAAGAUGGAUCGCAAAGAGAGUUUUUACUCGGCACAUUACGGACGAGAACAUAGAAAUGUGUCCUUGAUGCCAUCCACGCCAUAGAGAGACGGAAUGAGAGGGAGGGGGAAAGAAAGGGUGAGAGAGACGUGAGAGAGGAAGUGAGAGGAAGUGUAGUGUGUCAAGCUCUUUCAACAUCAAAACAUUUCAAAAUCCGUUUUUGUUCAGUUUUUUUAAUUAUGUGCACUAUAGAACAAAUGAAUAUGGACAACAGCAGAGUCUUAUCAUUGCAUUUUCCUACAUGGUGGUCUUAAAAUGUGAAACAUUUAAUGUUGCCUAUGUAUUUUUCAAUCAUGGGUAAAUAAAUCUACCAUAGGCAUUAUAAUAGUGUUUGUGAUAAAAUGUGAAAAUAUAAGUAUUCUUUGAUGGAAAAUGUAAACGUUUUUUUGACCUGAUAUCUGUAAACGUCUCUGUAAAUACCUUAAUGCUGCGUUGCAUUGAUGAAGUUUAUAUUUUCACCUUUUUAACCUUCAAGUUCCUCCUUCUUUCUCUUUGUUUUCUUCCUAUAUUACAUGUUGUAUAUAUGUAUAAUAAAUUAUAUGAUUAUUAUUAUCACCAUCA